AUGAUUGUUAUUGAUAUUUUACACGUUCAAGUGCUUAGUGCUGUGGAGUCAGUGAUGCAGAACUUCGUGAUAUUGGCUGUGCUAUGCACACUAGCAGUUUCCGCUUUUCCAGCGCCUCAGAUGACGGAUGCUCAACUGGAGCGCAUCCUAUCUGACAGGAACACGAUGCAACGACACCUCAGGUGCGCCCUUCAAGAAGGACCCUGCGAUCCAGUCGGAAGAAGAUUGAGAACUUUAGCUCCCCUAGUUCUUCGUGGAGCGUGCCCCCAGUGCUCUCCCCAAGAGACCCGCCACAUCCGGCGCACCCUAGCAUUCAUCCAGAGGAACUACCCGUGGGAAUGGGCCAAGAUAAUCAGCUACUUGUUAGUCCUGUGCGGAUGUGUGUGCGCGUGCGUUGCUCAGGCGCAGACUCAACGGCCUCCGGUCUCCGACACAGCCCUGGAGGACGCGCUCAAUGACAAACGCUUCAUACAGAGACAGCUCAAAUGCGCGCUAGGAGAGGCUCCAUGCGACCCCAUCGGGAAGAGAUUGAAAACUCUCGCUCCACUGGUGCUGCGCGGCGCCUGCCCGCAAUGCUCCCCGCAGGAAACGAAGCAGAUCCAACGCACUCUCUCCUACGUGCAGCGAAACUAUCCACAACAAUGGGCAAAGAUCGUGCGCCAAUACGCAGGCUAA